GUAGUUCCUGAGGCCUGCUUGGGGAUGCCGGGAAGGACUGUUGAUUAGGGGGCUCCAAGCAGCGGUUGCGCUUGGUCGUGGCUGUUGGCACCAUGUCCCGCGUGUCGGUGCCCUGUCAUGUGAAAGGCACCGUAGCCCUGCAGGUAGGCGACGUGCGGACCUCCCAAGGCCGGCCUGGCGUGCUGGUCAUCGAUGUCACCUUCCCCAGCGUCGCGCCCUUCGAGUUGCAGGAGAUCAUGUUUAAGAAUUACUACACAGCCUUUUUGAGCAUUCGUGUCCGUCAACAUACCUCAACGCAUGCACCGACCAAGUGGGUGACCUGCCUGCGGGACUAUUGUCUGAUGCCUGACCCACACAGUGAGGAAGGAGCCCAGGAGUAUGUAUCGCUGUUCAAGCACCAGAUGCUGUGUGACAUGGCCAGAGUCCUUGAGCUACGUCUGAUUCUGCGGCAGCCAUCACCCCUGUGGCUGUCUUUUACGGUGGAAGAGUUGCAGAUCUACCAGGAGGGACCAAAGAGUCCUUCUGUGACCUUUCCUAAGUGGCUUUCACACCCAGUGCCCUGUGAGCAGCCUGCCCUCCUCUGUGAGGGUCUCCCAGACCCCAGCAGAGUAUCCUCCGAGGUGCAGCAGAUGUGGGCACUGACAGAGAUGAUCCGGGCCAGUCACACGUCGGCGAGGAUUGGCCGCUUUGAUGUGGAUGGCUGUUAUGACCUGAAUUUGCUCUCCUACACUUGAAUGAUGGCUCCUAGCCAAGACAUUGGCCUUUCCGUGUCCACCCAGGCUUGGUUUGGGCCACCAGAGGCCGAAGUGUGUUCCCUGUGCAUUCUGAAUGUUGCCUGCAUGCCUGUUUUGUCUGGGUCACAUUCACAGAUUCAAGUUCCUUAAGGGCUUACUGUGUUGCUUCAGCAUGAGCUCCUGACAGGGGCUGUCUGUCUUUGCCUGGCUGCCACCCAAUUCUUCUUUCUUCUACCCUAAAAACACUCCACUUCUACUUAGUAAGAAUCCUCGAGUGCCCUCUGCCCUCCUGCCAACACAUACACCCCUGUCUUCUGCCUGCUCCCUCACCCUCAGUGCAAUUCCACUACUCUGAUGCACUAGAACCUGCUCCAUCUAACCUGAAAGGCCAAGAUUAGGAGUUUUAAGAAACAGAAACCCCAUUUCUUCCUUUGCGCCCCCUAGUGGCCUCCUUUCCCUUUGUGUUGUGCCACAAAAAUAAAUGUCUAAACUCUUCUGAUGCUUGCCUAGGAAGCAAAGCUGAGGAUUUGGGUGUCCUGAGUUCCUCGGUCCUUGAACUAGCUCCUGGAUGGAUGUUCAAAUGGGUGUGCCCAUUAGGCCUGGGCCGGUUCCUCUGGCAAGGCUGGGACCUUAGAAUGAGAGCUGGGACCUGUCUGCCAUCUGACACAGCCCAAAGCACAUCCAUGUCCCUUCUCCCAGUUGCCCCUUUCCAAGAGUCAUGAUGAGGGGUCAACUUUGGUGUGGGGGUAGGUCCAAGUAAGGGUUCUCAUUGGUGCCUUUUAAGAGGCAGGGGUCCUCCAUUACCUUUGACUAACCACUGAAUGAUGCGGGCUGCUCUUCAUGUGAGAAGCUUGUGAGAAAAUCCUGUUUCCUUCUGGUUCUUCCUGGCUUUGCCUCUGGGGACUAUUAUGAAGCAGUACUGCAAUGUCUGGGACCUGGAAAAUUGGACAUGUGUGUGACCCAACAGUUUCCUGGGGGAAAUUCAGCAGCCUUUUAAUGGUCACCCUCUGCUCUCACUCGAGUUCUCACUUACUUAGUUCCACUCAUGUUCUGAAAGGGUGAUGACCAUAACCCUGUGUUCAGGGAGCAAUGUGUGUGUUUGUGAGUAAAGAGGAUACCACGGUGGCAGGGACCAUGCUUCAUUCACAGCUGUGCCCCCAGCACAGGGCCUGGUUGUGCAACAAGAUCAAUAAAUACCUGUGGAAUGAA